AUGGAUGAUCAACGGAGGAGUUGUUUGUGUUGUGCUAUUGUUCUGGUUUUAACAUCUCUCAUGUGUUCCUCCUCCUUCCACUUGGUGAAUGCCCAGCCUGUGGAUUAUCCAAUUGCCACUGUGUCCACUUCAUGGACCAUUAUUAACGAUCCCCCACCGGCCCUCGUAGCACCGGACUUUUUAUGGAGACCAAUCCUACUUCGAAGAGGCCUUCGAUCGCGUUUUUCUCUCGUCUUCUGCUGCGAUUUUGCAUACACUGCCUGCAUCGUUGGUGUCCUCAUCCAAAAACAAACUUCCAUUGAACAAGAUGCAAUAGCAGAUGCCCCGCAACUAGUUUGGUCGGCUAAUAGAAACCAUCCUGUAAAACUUAACGCAACCUUGCAACUCACUCAGGAUGGAAACUUGACUUUGUCAGACUCCGAUGGCACUUCUGUCUGGUCUACAUACACUGGCGGAGGAAAUCACUCUGUCUCAGGCUUAAACUUGACUGAAGAUGGAAAUCUCGUCCUCUUUGAUCGAAACAAUGCAAUGGUUUGGCAGUCUUUCCAUCACCCAACUGACUCCUUACUUCCUGGGCAGAUGUUGGUUGAUGGGCAGAAGAUAACUUCCAGCACAUCUGCAUCAAACUGGAGUCGAGGUUUGUAUUCACUUGCUGUUCAAUCUUCUCCUUAUCAAUACUAUCUGUCAGCUUAUGUAGAAUCCAAUCCACCCCGGUUCUAUUUUGAAUCAACGUAUGAUGUCAAAUCCGAGAAUCAAAGCUUCAACUGGCAGCGAAUCCCUGUUUUAUCAUCAUCAUCAGCUCAGUUCAUAAGGUUGGAUCCUGAUGGGCAUUUGAAGGCUUAUGAGUGGGGAAGAUCGAAUUGGAAUGGGGUGGCUGAUCUGCUGACUUCAGAUAUUGGUGACUGUGGUUAUCCGAUGGUGUGUGGCAAUUAUGGCAUCUGUUCUUCAAAUGGACAGUGCGGUUGUCUUGAGGAAGCCACCAGCAACCACACUUUCAGGCAAAUAAAUAGUAGGCUACCCAACCUUGGAUGUUCCCUUGUUACACCCAUUUCUUGUAACGAUUCUCAAUAUCACACCCUUUUGGAGCUUAAGAAUACUAGUUACUUUCCCUUCAACUCAUACCCAUCCAGAAAUUACAUGGAUGAAAACAUAGCAUUAGAGGAUUGCAAGAAGAGUUGCUUGAAAAACUGUUCAUGCAAGGCAGCUUUGUUUGCGUAUAAUUGGACGUAUCAUUCAUGGAAAGGUUGCGCAUUAUUGUCUGAAGUUUUUUCUCUUAUAAAUUAUGACGGAGAACUUAUAAAUUAUGAGGGAGAAGUUGAUAACAUUACUGUAUUUCUUAAAGUGCACAAAUCUCCGACUACACAGUAUCCUAUUCCUUCAACAACAAAUUCUCGUCGAAAGAAAUCAAGGCAAGUCAAGAUCAUACUGGGUUCAAGUCUUGGAGCUUUCUUCGGUGUAUUUUUUGUGGCUGCCUCUUGGAUUUUCCUUUUCAAAAAGAAACGAGAGUUUGAGGAUUUUGACGAGUUCUUUGUGGAUCAAGUACCAGGGAUGCCUACUAGAUUCUCGUACGAAGAAUUGAGAGCCAUGACAAACAAUUUCAAUCAUAAGCUUGGGGAAGGAGGAUUUGGGUCAGUGUUUCAAGGGACAUUAAGCGAUGGCACUAAUGUAGCAGUGAAGCGCCUCAAUGGUUUUGGUCAAGUUAAGAAGUCAUUCUUAGCUGAAGUUCAGACAAUAGGCAGCAUUCACCAUGUUAAUUUGGUGAGAUUAAUUGGAUUUUGUGCUGAAAAAUCAUAUCGGCUUCUAGUUUAUGAAUACAUGUUCAAUGGAUCCUUGGAUAAAUGGAUCUUCCAAAGGCACCAAACAUGGGCAUUCAAGGCCAAAAAUGGGAGCAUUGCCCCCCCCCCCCCCAAUGCAAACACGACAUGA